AUGAAAAUGAUGACCCGGCAUAGUUGUGUUCUGGUGUUCACGCUGUCACUGUACGCGCUAAUGUCCACCGCUUCCGCCAGUUGUAAGUAUUCCGUAGAUUCGUACACCACCACCGACGCGAUGGUCGUGACGGAGGCGGCGUUUAUCGCUCAGGUCAGUGCCGAAUGCGAAGAUUCGCCGGCAAAUUUGUACGCCGAAGUGGAGGGAAAACUGGUGGUCGCCGCCAACGCUGGCCCGAACAAAUACCAAGUGAGUACAACAGCCCCAAAGUUUUAAUUUUCUCAUAUUGGUACGGUUUUUUUAAAAUUUUUAUUAACGUCCAAAAAUAUCGCAAUACAGGUCAGUUGGUUGGACGACUUCAAAAAGGCUCGCCGUGGAGAUUACCUGGUCAACUUGUAUGACGAAUCCGGUUAUGGACAGCUGAGAAAAUUGUUGCGCGACGGUGAGUCAAUCAGCGGUGUGACGCCCGUACACUCGGCAUAUGUACGUUAUCCGGGUGCUUACAAAGGAGUUUGGGUGAAUUCCGAAUUCCUGGCGGCUAUCGUGAGCUUCGUGCUGUUGUAUGUCGCUUAUACGUUUAAGUCGAAAAUUGUCUCCUAA